AUGGACCUCCACAAACCUCCCCCCUCGCCUCCCCCUCGCCUCCCCCUCGCCUCCUCCUCGCCUCCCCCUCGCCUCCUCCUCGCCUCCCCCUCGCCUCCCCCUCUCUCUGGUACCGGGCCCAGCUCUAAUGACCAGAAGGAGAAGGAGAAGGUGGAGGAGGAGGAGAGGGAGAGGAAUAAGGAGAUGGUGGAGGAGAGGGAGAGGAAGGAGGAGAGGGAGAGGAAGGAGGAGAGGGAGAAGAAUAAGGAGAAGGUGGAGGAGGAGGAGAGGGAGAAGACGGAGGAGAAGGUGAAGGAGGAGGAGAGGGAGAAGAAGGAGGAGAAGGUGAAGGAGGAGGAGAGGGAGAAGAAGGAGGAGAAGGUGAAGGAGGAGGAGAGGGAGAAGAAGGAGGAGAAGGUGGAGGAGGAGGAAGGAAAGAAGAAGGAGGAGAAGGUGGAGGAGGAGGAAGGAGAGAAGUAG